CUUUGAUCAACCAAGAGAAAUAUCAACAAGAAAUUAAACCUCUGGUGAAAUCUUGUUACCAUCUACUCGGUUGUUUCCUCGUAUCAAAGGUUGUAUCACUAUCUGUCUGGUUCAGUUGAGAUGGCAGUAACAGCAGAUUAUCAAGUCCAGUUUCCCGAAAAUGAUGAUAUUUACUCUAUACUAGCAGCUGAAGGGAUUGAGUUCCUUUUGUCACAUAGUGGAGAGGUGCCACUGGAAUAUAUUCACGGGAAAACGAUCUGUCUCUUCUUCUCCGCAAACUGGUGCAGGCCAUGCAAGGACUUCACUCCAGAGCUGGUUAAACUCUACGAGAGUCUCCAGAAACGAGGAGAAGAGAUCGAGAUCAUCUUUGUCUCAUUUGAUCAUGAUAUGACUUUAUUCUAUGAACACUUCUGGUCCAUGCCGUGGCUCGCAGUCCCCUUCAGCUUAAGCCUACGCAACAAAUUAACCGACAAGUACAGGGUUGCUCGAAUCCCGUCGCUUGUCCCUCUCUUUCCAGGUGAAAUCUCUGUCGCUGAUGACGUCAUUGGUCUGAUUGAAGACUAUGGUCCUGAAGCAUUUCCUUUCACUAAAAAGAGAAAAGAAGAACUCAAAGCCAUCGAUGAAUCCAAGUGCGUUGGAGGACAGCUAGAGAAACUCCUUACACAUGAAUCCCGGAGUUAUGUUGUUUCUAGAAAUGGAAGUAAGGUACUAGUAUCUGACCUUGUGGGGAAGACCAUAGGUUUAUACUUUGGUGCACACUGGUGUCCGCCUUUUCGAUCCUUCACUUCUCAGCUCAUAGAUGUGUACAAUGAGCUUACAACCUCCACAAAAGGCUCCUUCGAAGUCAUCUUAGUCUCAACAGACAGAGACUCAAGAGAGUUCAACAUCAACAUGACCAACAUGCCGUGGCUUGCAAUCCCUUACGAGGACAGAACAAGACAAGAUCUCUGUAGAAUCUUCAACAUCAAACUCAUACCUGCAUUAGUCAUCAUAGGACCUGAGGAGAAAACAGUGUGCACAAACGCGAGAGAGAUGGUAUCGUUGUAUGGAUCGAGGAGUUAUCCAUUCACGGAGUCUAGGAUUGUUGAGUUAGAAGCUUGUUUGAAGAAAGAAGGUGACUCGUUUCCGAGGAAAGUGAAAGAUAAAAAACAUGAGCAUGAGCUAAAGCUGGAUAUGGCGAAGGCUUAUGUGUGUGAUUUUUGUAAGAAGCAAGGUAAGUUUUGGGCGUUUUCUUGUGAUGCUUGUGAUUAUGAUCUUCAUCCUACUUGUGUGGAAGGACAAGAAGAAUAGUGAUUUGUCUUAUUUUGUAAUUUAGUAAACAUUAAGAUCUGUUAUGUUCUGAAAUUAAGACUCAGUUAA